ACUCUAGGACUUCAGUUACUUAACAUGCCCCACGGUUUGGUGAGGCUCCACCCCCGUAAAACUCGGGUCCUCCUGCCAAAUAUACGAGAUCGAUGCAAGAUGUAAACAUCCGAUGUCUUCCGAAUGAAUACUUCCGAAUGAGUCAAGGUGAUUUCAGAGGAAGCCGGUGUAAACGAAAGUGACACCAGAAGCAGAACAAGAUUUAAAGUUUGACUGUGCUUUUACACGAUGGCUGACAUCAAAAGAGGUCCGUUGGUUGAAGAGGCAGCAUGGAAAGAGCUGCAGGCUUAUUACAAUUCCACGGGAUCUAAGUUAAACAUGUUACAGAUGUUUAAAGAGGAUGUAGCCAGAUUUGACAAGUUCAGCCAGAGCUUACAAACAAAAGAUGGCGAUUUUCUUCUGGAUUAUUCAAAGAAUUUGUUGGACAGCACAACAAUGAAACUACUUUUUAAGCUGGCAAAAGAGAGGAAAGUUGAAGAAAUGAGAGCAGGAAUGUUUACAGGUGAAAAGAUUAACUUCACAGAGAAGAGAGCUGUUUUACAUAUAGCACUCAGAAAUAAAUCGAACACUCCCAUAAUGGUGGAUGGAAAAGAUGUAAUGCCAGAUGUAAAUGCAGUAUUGACACACAUGAGAGAAUUUACUGAUUCUGUACAGAGUGGAAAAUGGAAAGGCUUCACAGGGAAGGCCAUAACUGAUGUGGUCAACAUUGGUAUAGGGGGCUCAGAUCUGGGUCCUCUGAUGGUGACAGAAGCGUUGAAGCCCUACAAGAAAGGCCCAAAUGUCCAUUUUGUCUCCAAUAUAGACGGCACCCACAUGGCUGAAACUCUGAAAAAGCUUAAACCUGAAACUACGCUGUUCAUUAUUGCCUCCAAGACUUUCACAACCCAGGAAACCAUCACCAAUGCACAAUCAGCAAAGGCAUGGCUCCUGGAAGUUGCAAAAGAGAAUAGUGCCAUUGCCAAACACUUUGUUGCUCUCUCAACAAAUGCAACGAAGGUGAAAGACUUUGGAAUCGAUGAGAAGAAUAUGUUUGGAUUUUGGGAUUGGGUAGGUGGUCGAUAUUCCCUGUGGUCAGCCAUUGGAUUGUCCAUUGCCCUCUACAUUGGGAUGGAUAACUUUGAGGACUUGCAGGCUGGGGGACACUUCAUGGACAACCACUUUAUUAGUGCUCCUCUAGAAUCAAAUAUUCCUAUGAUCCUAGCAAUGAUAGGUGUAUGGUACAACAACUUCUUCGGAGCAGAAACACAGACCUUACUACCCUAUGAUCAAUACAUGCACAGAUUCGCAGCUUACUUCCAGCAGGGUGAUAUGGAGAGUAAUGGAAAAUACAUAACUAGGAGUGGACAGAAAUGUAAUUACAAGACUGGACCCAUCAUCUGGGGAGAACCCGGGACAAAUGGACAGCACGCAUUUUAUCAACUCAUCCAUCAAGGUACACGGUUAAUUCCAUGUGACUUUUUAAUGCCAGUGGAGACCCAGAAUCCAGUUCAAAAUGGUUUACACCAUGAGAUUCUGACUGCCAACUUUCUGGCCCAGACUGAAGCUCUGAUGAAAGGAAAGACAACCGAUGAAGCUAGAGAGGAACUGGUAGCUUCUGGAAUGUCAAAGGCUGACAUCGAUCAUAUUCUUCCUCACAAGGUCUUUGAAGGAAACAGACCAAGCAAUUCCAUUUUGUUCCAGAAACUCACCCCAUUCACUCUUGGUCUCCUAAUUGCAAUGUAUGAACACAAGAUCUUUGUCCAAGGAACUAUUUGGGAUGUCAACUCAUAUGACCAGUGGGGUGUUGAACUUGGAAAACAGUUAGCAAAAGUCAUUCAGCCAGAGCUUAAAGGAAAAGAUCCUGUUUCAAGUCAUGAUGGAUCUACAAAUGGACUAAUGAAUUUCAUAAAGGCCCACAUGUGAAAGCCGCACAACCCUAGACAUUAUAUUUAGGUGAAUUUGUUGAUUCUGUUGAUCUGAAGUAUAGCACAUGUUAGAGGAUGUGAUGGUCACUGUGUAGCUUUAGUGAGGACAUGAUGGUCACUGUGUAGCUUUAGUGAGCAUUCACAAGGACUUGGUUAUUGUUGGAUUGUUUUCAAGUUGACUAUUUACACCUGCAUACCAUUGAUUUCAUGUUAUACUGAAUUCUAUUCCUAGUGUCAUAAUCGUUUUACUGCAUUCAAUACCCAUUUGUAUAUUUAUUUAUACAGCUAUAACUUCAAAUGCUUAAAAAUAAAUCCCUGCAUUUUCA